UAUUCUUAACGACUGGACACGUAUUCCUGGAGCGUUCUGCAAAAGUUAAUACAAUAUUCUGAGUUUUUGGCCCUCUGUUGCAGGAGUGAAAAAGUAUAUGCAGCAACAUUCUGGGUCAUGGUGGCCACUUUUCAAUAAUUAUGCUUUGAAAACGUGCAACGGCACCAUUUCCGGAUUGUUUGGACAGGGACUGGAUUUUUCAACGGUGACAGGACACGUGAAAAUGUGGCCAAUGGUAGCGAAUAGCGGAGUGUUGUUGAAGAAAGUUCAUGAAAAUUGUGCGUGUGUGUAAAAUCAAUUUCGCGAAAACUCUUUUCGCCCGCAACAUUGUGCAUACUGUGUCACCGGAAGGGUGAAUAUCAAUUAUUCAUCGAAAUAAGAGCAACGCUAGAAAGUGACACAAAGUUUCGUCCGGACGGAUGAUUUUUCCCCAGUUCCAGUGGAUCCGUUGGCACACAAACAUAAAACUACUUGGCAGCGACCUGACAAAAGUGCAUGCGUUGUCCUGAAUAGUCAAUGCGCCCCGUUGCUUGGUGGAAAAGCGUCUGCCUUCUUUCGGUUACAACUGAUUCUACGAAAGCACGUUCCAAUCUUUGCCAUCCAAGCACCGAAAGUCAAGUACAUAUAGAGAAAAGAAAAUGUCCCCAAUGGGUACACAAAGUGCGGCUGCAAAAGUCGUCGUCGAUUCGGUGGUGUGAUAGUGCAUCCAGCAACAUGUUUAACCCAUAUUAAUGUGUGGAAAACCAGAACUACUUGGCUCAAAACCGCAGCUGAACUACAUUGUGUGGAGAAAGGACGACAGCGGGUCGGGCUCGAUUCGGAUCGGAGUAAUGAACGAGCUGAGAUUUCCGUGGAACGUUGCUUGAAUGUUUGUGUGUGUGUAUGUGUUUAAAUAAUUGAAUGAGGUGCUGGAAAUCUCUUGGUGAUUAAGCCGCAGAAAAGGAUUAGUUUUAUCGUUACAAAUGAAAUAAAAAGGGAACAUAGUGAAAAACGAAACCUUCUCCGUGGUGGUUACUGUUCGAAAAGGGGGUGGUGGUGCGAAAACUUUCGCCCGUUCUCUCCAUCUUCUCGCUUUUAUAUAGUUUUAUCGCAAUCGAUGAAAGUUCGAGGUUGACAGAGGAAACUUACUAACGUAGUUUUGAGUUGUGGUGGCUCGAGUGUGCCAAGAAGGCGCGCCGCUCUGGAUUGGAGGAGCGGGAUUUAAAUCGAGUAAAUUUGUGCUUCGGGGACUGAAAUAAAGCGUAAGAGAAAGAGUAUUAUUAAAUUGAAAAAUGUGAAUAUUAUGAAGUUCGAUAAUAUGAUGUGAAAUUUCAUUACAAGUAUUUUACCGUGUUGGUAGGAAUACUAACCAAUGGUACGGUUACAAUGUGAUUUGAUAGAGAGAAGAUUUGAUGCUUGAACAGAAGUGAAAUGGCGGAACUAUUCGUGUAUAAUAAAUAAAUAAUAUAUUAAAUUAUAAAAUAACACCAUUUAAGUGACAAUCUACCUACUUAUUGGAAAUUUCAAAUAAAACAGCGGAACUCAGCUGUUGUGAAAAAUUAGUGCUUGACUCAAGUGUGACGAUGUUUUAUUCCAAAAUGAAUCGUCAGCCUGAUUUGAACUGGCAGCAAUAACCGACAGCGUCGGUGUGAUGAAUUGAAUCGAAGAACAAUAGCUUAGGUAGCAGUCGGAACGGAAGUGUAUCAAAAGCGUGACAACGAUGAUUAAUUAUGCAACUAAGCUCGGCAAUAGAAAUGGUGUAACUCGUCAAUCGACGAAUCAUUAUGCCAACAAUGGCAAUGGCGUCGACAUCUGACGUGACCUAGAUCCUGGAGUCCACCAAGCGAGCAAAGUGCGGUCACUGUGGUCUCUACUUCCUGUAAAUGUGUGCGGUUCCGUAAAUGUGUGACGGCAUUGUAAAUAUACCAAAAUAAACUCUCUGAAUUCGGUGAUUUAUGGAGCUACCGAAGGUCCCAGUGUAAUAAUUAUCGUGUCAAACCGACAUGGUCUUAGCUAGUGCCACUCCGUGUGCGUGCAUGCUUCCCCCAGCAGUGUAAAUAGAACUUUGUGCACCUGUCCUUUCGCCCUUUCAAAAGUGUUCCACUGUUGUGAAAAGUGUUUAAUAGUACCAAUGCAAAUGUUGUUAGCUAGUAGAUGUUCAUCAUAGGAGUAUAACCGGAUCCAAAAAAAAGAACAUGUAUAUCAGUUUUCUUUAGCAAAGUUAAUCAUGAAUCGUUAAAUAGCGGUACAAAGAAAGUGCUGCAUUUACCAUAUAAGCCAAAUUAGCCGAAAGGAAACGAAUAGUGGUGAUUAGCAUAAAUAACCAAAAAAAAAAUUCGCUCGUUCAAAACCAAGUUAAAGUUAGUUCACCGUUCACAACUAGAGUGAAGAGAGAAUAAAAUAAAUACCUAGUUUAGCUAUAGCCAGCAAAUAUUCAACGCUGGCGAAACAAAAAUGCUUCAAACCAAACAAAAAGUUAAUCCGUAGCCCUUCGUGUGAGUAUAAAAGUUUGUGUGUUUGUGUUUCUUGUGUAAUACAGCGAGUGGUUCUCAUGCAAAGGCAGCAUUUCGAGGCAAUUCCAAACUACCGCAUAAUGGCAGCAGUACUUGUGGGGUGGAAGAAAAAAAAGCAAACGAUUCGAAGAGGCGAAAAAAUCUGCUGGAACCAGUUGUAAUUGCAGCUAUUAAGCGAAAUAAUAUAAAACAUAUAGUAAACAUAUAAGCGCCGGUAACAAUCAGCGCCGUUAUUAUCGAUAAAAGUGAAAGUUUUAAUCGAAAUAGAAAGGAGGCGACUCUUCGCGACGUCAAAAGCUCAUCCUGAAUACAAUCUAUUCAGUAGUUGUAUAGUGCAACAAAAUUAAGUUUUCAACUGUGUACUGAUAAUAACAACUCAUUGUCGAAACUUUUGACAUUUACCAAUGACAACACAUAUAAAAUAUUAUUCUACAGAAAAAAAUGUAUAGCUAUUAGAAGCUGAUUACUGUGAAAGAUCAUUAGUGCAGCUAGUACUACCACUGAUAGUUGGGUCAUUAAUGUUAAUAGCGUUUCAACGAUUACUACUACAACUACUACUACCACUAUUACUACUACUACUACCACCACAACUACUAAAUUCUGCUUGUGCUACCCUUUGUAACCAAAUAACCAACGUUGGCUUCCGCAUUGUGGUUACUAGUGAGCAUUUUCCCGAUAAUUAGGACGAAUUCCGAGUGAGCUGCAGAAUAAUAAAAGUGUAUGUGUUCCAUACUGGACCGACAGAAGCAAUAACAGCCGCAACAAUGACGGACGCCACGACGCCUAGCGACGGUCAAGGCACAACCGGAGCAAAACAGCAAGUUGUUGCGUAUACUGAAAAGUCGCAGGAUAAACAUGAGUCACGUCACAUCCAGCUGGUGCGGGAGUACGGCUUCCAUCCCCGGUCCAAGGUGCAGGUCGAGGACGGAGCCGUACUGCCCCGUAAGUUCGAACCCUUUCCGAACGAUAUGUACGGCCGGCCGUUGGAGGAAAUCGAUAACUUCAUCUACGAAGAGACCUUCUGCGUGGUGUCGACGCGGUUUCGCAAAAACUACAUCCAUCGGUUCACCGGAACGAAAAGUCUGUUCUGCUUCACCCCGUGGAGCCCCACCCGACGUGCCUGCGUUUAUCUGGCGACGAAUCAGUUCUUCGACUACUUCGUCAUGGCCACCAUACUGUUCAACUGCAUCUUUCUGGCGAUGUCCGAAACGAUCGAGGAAGCGGAGUAUAUAUUUUUAGCAAUUUACACUUCCGAGAUGAUAAUCAAAAUGAUAGCUAAGGGUUUUAUAUUGAAUAAGUACACUUACCUGCGGAAUCCGUGGAAUUGGCUGGACUUUGUGGUGAUCACUAGCGGUUACGCGACGAUAGCGUUGGACGUCGGCAACCUGGCUGGUUUGCGAACAUUUCGCGUACUGCGGGCUCUCAAAACGGUGUCGAUAAUGCCCGGUUUGAAAACUAUCAUCAAUGCGUUGCUGCACUCUUUCAAACAGUUGGCAGAGGUCAUGACGUUGACAAUAUUUUGCCUGAUGGUGUUCGCUUUAUUUGCACUGCAGGUGUACAUGGGCGAACUGCGGAACAAAUGUGUCAAAAAUAUGCCGGAAGGCUGGAACAUCACUCACGAGGAGUGGCGGAUGUGGGUGAACGAUACCGACAACUGGAUAAUCGAUGACGAGGGUAUGCCGAUGCUGUGCGGGAACCUGACCGGAGCUCGACACUGUCCACCAGAACAUACGUGCCUCUGUGUGGGCGAAAAUCCCAACCAUGGUUACACCAAUUUCGACAAUUUCAUGUGGUCAAUGUUAACAACCUUCCAGCUGAUAACGCUCGACUAUUGGGAGAAUGUAUAUAAUAUGGUCCUGGCGACAUGUGGUCCUAUGAGUGUGUCAUUUUUCACCGUAGUAGUAUUUUUCGGUUCAUUUUAUUUGAUUAAUUUGAUGUUAGCUGUAGUUGCUCUCAGUUACGAGGAGGAAGCUGAAAUCACCCAGGAGGAACGGCGGAAAGAUUUAAUCGACCAUCGGGACGAUUCAACCUUCAGCUUCGACCCUGCCAGUUUGAAUGUUAAGCAAUUAAGUAAGCAGCAGCGAAAAAAACUGGACGCCCGGAAGGGUGUCCUAUUGGCGUCCUACUCUCGGAAGAAAACCCGGCGGAGAAAAAAAGGAAAAGAGGAGGGUGGGCGAAAUGAGAACAAUUAUUCCAAAAGUCGAUCGGUGACACCGAGCCCCAGUCCCAGUCCUAGACAUAGCAUAGUGAGGCCACAAGCACUGGCAUUACAGCGAACGAAGGGAAUGCUAGCGACAACGGCGAGCGUUCCACUGCCACCAUCUACCCAGCCACAGAAUCCCAACACGUUGCACCCUUUAGGAGCGCACUAUCGUGGGCAGCUGCUGCCCUCGAGCCGACAGGCUAGUUCGAACGCCAGCGAGGGUGGUGGUAAUCGUGAGUCUUCCUUAGACGAUUCCGGUGUCGUAGAUGACCACGAGGAGCAGGAUGUCACCGCUACGGACCUGGUGCACCCUACUCUGGUAGAGCAGCGGGAAGUAACACCGGUCACAUUGGCGUUAUCACCGCGAGAAGUUAGAAUAAUAAAAUGUAAUGGUAAUUUAGCGAAAGUUAAAAAGCACAGCGUUUAUGCCCUCCAUCCGGAAUACUUGUCGCAAAUUGUUGUGCUAGACGAUCUUCCUGAUAGAAAUUGUGAUAGAUGUGUUCACUGUUGCAUCAACUACGAACGGUGGUUGCAGUUUCAGAAUUGUUUAUAUAAAAUCGUUAAGGAUCCAUUGUUCGAAUUAGGGAUCACACUAUGUAUUGUUUUAAAUACAUUGUUUUUAGCAUUAGAACAUCAUGGAAUGAAUGCGAACGUGCGUGAUGCGUUAGAUAUUGGUAAUAGAGUUUUUACAUCGGUUUUUACACUGGAGUGCAUAUUAAAAGUAUUGGCCCUGUCGAAGGAUUUUUUCCUGUGUGGCUGGAACAUAUUCGAUCUGAUUAUCGUUUCAGCCAGCUUGCUCGACCUAAUCUUCGAGCUGAUGGAAGGCCUAACGGUGUUGAGAGGGUUAAGAUUGCUACGGGUACUGAAACUAGCACAAUCAUGGACCACAAUGAAGGUUCUGCUCAGUAUUAUCAUAUCGACAAUAGGUGCUUUAGGUAAUCUGACGUUCGUGUUGGUGAUUGUUAUCUAUAUUUUUGCUGUUAUCGGGAUGCAGUUGUUUUCCAAAGAUUACACGCCGGACAAGUUUGCGCCGGAUCCGGUGCCAAGAUGGAACUUUAAUGAUUUCUUCCAUUCGUUUAUGAUGAUUUUUCGAAUCCUAUGCGGAGAAUGGAUCGAACCACUCUGGGACUGCAUGCGAGCCGAGGAGGAACAAGGAGCCUCGACGUGUUUUGCGAUAUUUCUACCGGCACUGGUGAUGGGAAACUUCAUGGUUCUUAACUUGUUCUUGGCCUUGUUACUCAACAGUUUCAAUUCGGAAGAGUUAAAAUCCAAGAAAGAGAGUUUCGAGCAGGAAGUCGGCGAGGACUCCAAAUUGGCACGUAGUUUUGAACGGAUUCGAUCGAUCGUUCGUAAAAAGCGCAAUGCCAACAAGGAGAAAAACGAAAACGACACCAACACGCGCCUGGAACGGUUGGUGAACGAAAUUGUAAUCAAACAACGGGAGGAAAAGCAAAAGUAUUCCGCUGCUCUGGUAGUCGCGAAGGAUUCAACCAUUGUAUUGCCGUCCGAUUUAAGGCCACCGGGAGAUAGGGCGGUCUAUGGUCAGAGUUAUCAGGAUACUCUGAUCCAGCGGCUACCAACGGCCGAGCUCUGCUACGAAAUCCCUCUAAAGGAUCGACCACUACGAACGAUCUCCGGUAGCCAGGAAACCGUCUCGCAGAUGGAUGAACGGCAGCUACCCGACGACGGUCCACAGCAGAUGACCGACGUGGAGCGUAAAAUUCUCCAGCAAAUGUCUUCCGGCUUCGGCACCCAGCAGAGUAAAGACGAACCAACGGCAACGGAAUCGCUCGAGUUGCGUACCUUCAACCGUAUCAGUUCUUCCGAGAUCGAUCCGAACGAACAAUCGAUCCACAUCUCCGGCUCGCAACCGUACGACGAAGCCUACCUGCAUUAUCAGAAAUCACUGCUGAACCGGUCACCCAGCUACCGGAAAUCACUGGACAGAACUUCAUCGCGUGCCUCCAGUGUGAACUCGCUGGCCAAGUGCCAUUCGCCGCUGGUGCAGGAAGUGCUGAACGCCGGUUCGACCUACCUGCGCAACAGCAACAUAUCGCUCAUUCAAACGCCAACGCCGAGAUCUAGACGUGAAGAUAAUCAUUUUUUAGUAGCCGAUAGGAAAAGUAGUUUAGACAAAUCGUUAACGGCAUCGCCGUCGCAUAUGGCCUCACAGCCAUUCAGCCAACCACGUUCGCCAAGUACCAGCAGUAGCAUGCGCAAGGCGGUGCUGGCCGCCAAUCGUCUUUCCGACCAUUCGCUCAAUACACUCUCAAUCGAUCAGGACGAUCUGAUGAACCAGAUGAAUCUGAAGGACGAAUUGCUCAACUGCGAGCAGAAGGAGUUGUUUCAGUUCCUCAACGAUGACUUCGACAAUAGUAACAAUUAUUUCAGCGAAACCGUGGGCUACGGCAGUGCACUAGUCGAUGCGGACACUGAAAGUCUACUGCUGAAUAGUGCGCACUCUAAAAAGGAUGAGCUUAUCUACUCGCCCGAUCGGAAAGUCUCCAACGGUAGCCUAAAGUCUAAUUUAAGUAGUAUAUCUAAUUCGAUCUUUCAAGCGCUGGAGAAUCGCCGAGGGGGUAGCUUAAGUGAAUCGUUGGAAAAACAACGACCAACCAUCGCGGUGGACAAUGGGAGCUUACUAUCGCGAAGGAACAGCGAUGAUAAGGAACCCCUGGUAAAGACUUCCGAGUUCGACGAUAUUAUCCAUAGUUUCGACACGGAACUGAAAAGUCUGAAAUCGCUUUCAUUGGGGCGAAGUCAUUCGCAGACGGAGCCACCCGUUUCACCGGAACCGGAGCGACGCAAUUCAGAUACGAGCCCUGCCAAACCUGUGAUGGAGGAAGUGGUCCGUUUGCGAAGACCCAAAUCCAGUACCGUUUGUAGUUAUAAGAGUAGCAAAAAUAACAGUAACACUCAUGGCAAUAAUACUAGUGAUAACGAUAAUAAUGACAGUAAUGUGUGUAACAAUAAUCCUAGGACUAGUACCGGUAACGAUAGUAAUAGCAGUAACACCGAUAGCAAUACUCAGCGCAGCGAAGCGUCCAAACGGCGAAGUCUGGAGAAACAGCGCAACAUUACGGACGAGGAGUUUAACAUGGGACUGGAAAUCAAGAAACUCUGUGAUCAAUUACAGGCACCGUUCGCCACAGCUCAACCCGAGCCCAACGCCGGUAUCCCGACCGGCGGCACCAGCAACCUAAGUACAAUUCCGAUCGUGUUCCGACGAAAAAACGACUUCCACAGUAGCUUCGAUCGCAUCAAACGACUUAGUCUGAUUGAGCGCGUCGAAGAAGGCAACGAAGACGAAAGGGUACAACCACCGAAACCAUCGAGUGAACAACUUCCACGAAAGAAUCUCUCCAGGGAUCGCCUAGAAACACUGUCUCUCAAGAGCAGUUACAGUGUUGAAAAUUGCGAGAAACCCUUGAGCGAAACCAACAGGCAAAUUGGUAUCAGCAUACAGGAGUUUCAACGGAACAUCGGACAAGAGAAUAGCUUGGAAAUACCGAAGCCAGUACCGCCUCCGAAAAAGACCGUCACGUACGGAGACACAUCGAGGCAAAACAGUUCCCAGAUAGCGACUCCGAAGCGAACACCCUACAAGUCCUACGAAUCCGAUGCCCCCUUAAACCUUGCUGGGAAGCCGUGGCACUGUCUGGUUUCUUACGUAGACGACAUCACCGUCGGUGGUCGUCGCAAUUCGCAAGGUGUCUAUGACGAUCCCAUGGCAUUCCCCAGCUUCGGUCGUCGGAAAGCGCCCAAGAUACCGCAAGACUGUUUCCCACAGAAAUGCUACGAAAAAUGCAAAUGUUGGGAAGCCUGCCUAAAAACCGACGCAGGUCAACGCUGGUAUCGCUUUCGACAGUUCAUUCUGCAGUAUGUCGACACCCCUGCGUUCGAGUGGUUCGUGCUGGUACUCAUAUUUGCAUCGAGCAUCACCCUUUGUUUCGAGGACAUCCACCUGGACAAGAACAAGAGCCUGAAGCGGAUCCUGUACUGGACCAAUUUUGCCUUCUGUUUGAUCUUCAUCAUCGAGAUGUUGCUCAAAUGGGUUGCCUUGGGGUUUGCCAAAUAUUUCUCCAGUUUCUGGACGAUACUGGAUUUUAUCAUCGUAUUUGUGUCCGUUUUCUCCCUGCUGAUCGAGGAGAACGAAAACUUGAAAGUACUACGCUCGCUAAGAACGUUGCGCGCUUUGCGGCCACUGCGAGCGAUAUCCCGAUGGCAGGGCAUGAGAAUAGUAGUGAAUGCAUUGAUGUAUGCGAUUCCGUCGAUCUUCAAUGUACUCCUAGUAUGUCUCGUCUUCUGGCUGAUCUUCUCGAUCAUGGGCGUACAGUUUUUUGGCGGGAAGUUCUUCAAGUGCGUUGACGACGAAGGCGAACUGCUACCGAUAGACAUCGUUAACGACAAGUGGCAAUGCUACUCAUCGAACUACAGUUGGAUCAACUCCAAAAUCACGUUCGACCAUGUCGGUAUGGGUUACUUGGCUUUAUUUCAAGUGGCCACCUUCGAGGGUUGGAUGGAAGUGAUGGCGGAUGCUGUGGACGCCCGGGGUGUCGAUCUCCAACCACAACGAGAAGCAAAUCUAUACGCUUAUAUUUACUUUGUAAUUUUUAUAGUGUGCGGAUCAUUCUUUACACUUAAUCUGUUUAUCGGAGUUAUCAUCGAUAAUUUCAACAUGUUGAAGAAGAAGUAUGAAGGCGGCGUUCUAGAGAUGUUUCUAACGGAGUCGCAAAAACACUACUAUACUGCCAUGAAGAAACUGGGUCGGAAGAAGCCACAAAAAGUGAUCAAGCGUCCAAUCAAUCAGUUCCUGGCCAUGUUCUACGAUCUUUCUAACUCGAGGAGGUUCGAGAUCGCCAUUUUUGUGCUUAUCUUCCUGAACAUGUUGACAAUGGGCAUCGAACAUUACAAUCAACCGCAUGCCGUAUUCUUCGUACUAGAGGUUAGCAAUGCAUUCUUCACCACCGUUUUUGGCCUGGAGGCUAUUGUAAAAAUCGUGGGAUUGCGAUAUCACUACUUCACCGUACCGUGGAAUGUGUUCGAUUUCCUACUGGUGCUGGCCUCUAUAUUCGGUAUCCUGAUGGAGGACAUCAUGAUCGAUCUUCCGAUUUCUCCAACGUUGUUACGAGUAGUGAGAGUAUUUCGAAUUGGGCGAAUACUUCGCUUGAUUAAGGCUGCCAAAGGUAUACGAAAGCUGCUGUUUGCCUUAGUGGUUUCACUACCUGCACUUUUUAACAUUGGAGCACUGUUAGCGUUGAUCACGUUUAUUUACGCAAUCAUCGGUAUGUCGCUGUUUGGGCAUGUACGGCAACAAGGCGCCCUGGAUGACAUGGUCAAUUUUGAGACGUUCGGAAGAAGCAUGCAACUUCUAUUUAGACUGAUGACAUCGGCCGGUUGGAACGAUGUACUGGAAUCACUAAUGAUUCAGCCCCCUGAUUGUGCCCUUACCAAGGAUCUUUCAAACGGAGACUGUGGCCAUCCGCUGCUAGCGAUAACCUACUUCACUAGCUUCAUUAUAAUCAGCUAUAUGAUCGUAAUCAACAUGUACAUAGCUAUUAUUUUAGAGAACUUUAAUCAGGCCCACCAGGAGGAGGAGGUCGGUAUCGUCGAGGACGAUCUGGAAAUGUUCUACAUCCGGUGGUCGAAAUAUGAUCCUCAUGCGGGACAGUUUAUACAUUUCAAUCAGUUGUCUGAUUUUAUCGCAUCGUUAGAUCCACCACUGGGAAUCCCAAAACCGAACACGGUGGCCCUAGUUUCGUUCAAUCUUCCAAUUUCCAAGGGUAAUAAGAUCCACUGCUUGGACAUCCUACACGCUCUGGUCAAACACGUGCUAGGGCAUGUUGAAGAGACUGAUAAUUUCAAGCAGCUGCAGGAUCAGAUGGACCAGAAGUUCAAGAAGCAGUUUCCCACCCGUAAAGAGCUGGAAAUCGUUUCGUCUACUCGCAUCUGGAAGCGGCAGGAGAAAGCGGCCAAAACAAUUCAGACUACUUGGCGGGAGUAUCUGAGGCUCAAAAAGGAACGCGAUCGUUCCCCGAUGUCACUGGAGGACGAAAACACCCAGAAUUCCAGUCCCGGCGGAUGGCAAGCCAAACUGUCAGCCCUCAACUUCCUGCAUCUUCAGGUUCACCGUCGAGGAACUGCCACGUCCAGCCGUGCAUCGUCACGCAAAUCAUCUCGCGCUUCCGACGAUUCCAACCUCAGCGAACUGGCCGGGCCAUGGCUAAAUCUUCCACUCAUGCUCGUUUCCGGUACCAGCGAUAUGGUGAAGGAAGUUAAACAACAGCAAGCCACCGGUUUGGAGCUUAAAGAUAACCCCGAUGGAAAGGGUGGUGGUCGCCGACGAAGUUUCUACAACUUUCCGUUCUUUCUGCGCCAUCAGGAUGCUGUAGAAGAAGCGAACAACUCACCGCAGCCACAAAAACGACCGAUCAAAAGCAGUGAAACAAAUUUAUCCCUGAAUGCAUCUCUAGAGAAAACAGUACCUAUGGUGGCUCCUUGCACUCCCACACCAAAACACAAACGGGCGACAAGCUUUGUCAAAAAGAAACCUCCUCUGGAACGAGGCUUCUCAGCUCAAAGCGCGUUGCGGCUUAACAGGAAUGCAACAGUUGCUGACGAAAGUCUCUCUGCUUCAACAGCUGACGUAAGUAUUCUAGUAACAGAACCAUCUCCGGAUGUUCCCACGGGACCGAAUCUGUCGGCAGUGCCUGGCGAAGCAACGUUAGUCCAUGUCUUAGUUCAUCGCGAAAGUGAAGAAUACCAGUCCGAUGUCGACGACAAAGACGAGACCAAAGUGAAAGAACCCCGCGACCCUUCCAAAGCUAGUGAUAUUAAAAUCUCCCCUGGCACGAAUGUUGAUUAUCAAAUUCUAGGUGGCAGCGAUGAUAUUCCAAGGCCUGUAGUCACCAUCUGUGUCGAGAGUCCGAAGGAAUCACCGGACACACCUGAACAGCCACAGCGGCAAGAAACCGUGAUCGAUAUCGUCGAUCCGGAACCGAUCGAUGUUAAUCUUCCACGCGAUACCUCCAACAUAUUCUACGACUACGAAGAACCAAAGGAUGCGAAUCAAAGCACCCCGGAAAUCCCUCCCAGAUCACAUCCGCCCGAUCCUUUGCAGGAUCUGGACCGGAUCGAGUACGAUACCCAACAGAUGAGUAGCAGUACAAGCAGCGCGACUAGCAGCAACAGCUCCGGCGAACCGUCUCCUCCCUGCACCGAUGAGCAACGAAGAAGUAGCUGACCAACCGAGUCCCCGAACAACGGAGACAACGACAUCGGAAGCGGCCAACCGAAAACCAGUAGUAGUUGACAAUCUUCUUAUUCUUUUUGAGUGCAUUUUUGGCCGCCAGUAGGACACUGGCACUCUGUAGUUCAGCGACAUGUUUUACCUCAUUUGUCGAUGCUUGUUGGGUAGGAAGUUCUACAACUUUACCGGCAAACAUUCCACGAGCGCGGCUUGGGUUACUCAUCCCUCCACCCUCUUCCCUGUGCGUGUAUGUAGUUUGAUGUAGAUAGUUUUUAACCAGUUGCACUGUUGAACGUGCGGAUUGUCGAUUUCAGUUUUAACUUUAGGGAAUACAGUAAGUAUUGGAUCACACAUAGAAAGUGUAAGGUUACGCCGUUUUUGAGUUCAAGAAAAUCUCCUUGAACUGAUCACCAGCAAAGAACCAUUUCAAUCAGAAAGAUAUAUUUUUGACGUUUUUCUAUCCGUAGCGUUUGAUAGCAUCUCAAAUCGACUUUGUUAAUUGUGUGCGAAGGCUAUGCUUCGUUGAGGAAGCAGGAGUAUUUUGAUCAACUGCUUUCAAAAAAACAAUUUCUCCAUAUCUGAACGAGUUUACUUUGCAGGAUAAUUCAGAUUUGGGCAGAAUAUGAGAUUCGAACUGCCACUAGUCACUUCAGUGACGAAGAUUAGGUUAAACUUUGAUUUAAAAUUCAGAUCAAGUUGUAUAGUCUUCGCAACUAAAAUUUAUAAAUAGUUCAGUUGACCUAAUUUUUAACAAAUAUUGUUAAUUCAAAUAAAUAUAACAAACACAUUUGAACUAUUCAUUGCGGCCAAACUAGGCGGAAAAUGUAGUUUUGAUACUUAUUAAUACUUCUUGUCAAACAAGAUAAUUUAUUUUUGUAGAAUUCUUAAUAUAACAUGCGGAACGAAUGCUUGAACGAAACUUCAUACGAUUCAAACUGAAAACAUAUCUUUUGAUGAGUGAUUUUUCCUCUCUUUAUUAGAAACUUCAAUAUCAAUAAAAGAAUUUUAAAUCCAUCUAAAAGUAUUUAUUUUUGUUACUAAACGUCAUAGUUCAAAUGCAUUUUAUCCAGAAAAUCAAAAACAGUGGGAACGAAUACAGAAAAUAUUUUGUAGCCACCAGGUAUUGCCCACAUGAACCACAAAAAAUACGACACGAAAACAAGAACAUGUUCAAACAUCUUCAAUCGAAUUUAUCGUAGCUAUCUAUUAUAUUACGAAACAAUUAUUUUACUAUUACUGAUAAAUCUAUAUUAGAACUGCAAAUAAUCCAGAGACAAAAAAUUGCUCAAAGAGAAAGCGACCAUACCAAAUAAAAAUUUAAAAUCGCCAAGAAAACCAAAAUAAGCGAUAAUCGUGCAAAGAAAUAUAAGAGAACAUGUGGUAAAGUGCAUAUUCUAAUUAUUUGUAAAAAAAACGAAAAGAAAAAAGUAACCCUGUCUAAACCAGGCUGAAACAAUUGAAAAAUAUAACUCCGAUUCUAUUGUUUUCUAUUCAUUAAAGGCGCUUUUUAUUGGUGCUUCUCCACAAAAACCGUGUACAUAGAACGGAUUCGAUUCUCGAUGCGCCUCAAUUUACAAUCGCUUCUCAUAUGCACUUAUUUACGAAAAAACCAACGCAAAACCACUGCGACCAUCAGUCGAUGACAGACAAGCACAUCGGUAAUUACACACACACGCACGCACAAACAACGGUGCGCAGGCAGUACAAACCAAUCGAUAUAAUUCCAUGAAACAUAAUUAGAAGAAAAAUCGGUGAAAACGAUUUUCUGAACCACAGCUUCCACGAAACACGAUGUUGUUAUGUCACACCGAAUGCAGCAUGAAUAAUAUUUUCGAAACUAAUCUCUGGAGCAAAAAAGCCAACAAAAGCUAAUGCCAGACCUGAGUGUAUAUAAGGAGAGUGACGACACUGUCAAAAUUGGAACAAUGAUUAUUUGUCAGUGUCAUUCCAAACGAGUCAAAUCCAUGUAUUUUGAGAGGUCAUUUGUUCGUUUGGAAUAUUACUGACAGAUAAUCAUGACAGUUGUCUUCACUCUCCUUACAUACACUCUGUGCCAGACAACAAAUACGCUAAACAGAAAACUUGUUACUAGUAUGUAGUAACGAAAGCAGCCGUUCUAAGGAAUCAAUAAAAAAUAUUAGGAAAACUAUUAGACUUUUGUUCAGAUUGUAGAAAAAGUAUGUUCAGUUUUUAUCGUUUCGAGAAACCUCGCGUUUGAGGAAAUUGGCCUCGUGUCGGUCAGACCUCACGAGCCGAUGUUCGAUAAGAGUUAUACACCAAAUAAAUGUGUAAUUAAAUAGAGUAAACAAAGCGUGAUGCACCCCAGAAAUCAUAUUUGUCAAAAAAUAUGUUGACAGGGCGAGCGAAAAUAAAUUGAAACAAUCGCAGAACAUGCUUAAUUUGGUUUGUUGUUACACCAAUAUUAACUUAAAAUUUUGAACAAAAUCAUUUAUUUGGUAAACAGAAAUGCACUAAUCGUAAGACACAAUAAUUAAGUUUGUAAACGUAGUAUUCUAUGGGGCUUGAGAUGCGACGCAUUUGACACACAAAUGAAAAUCUGGUCGGAAGCUUUUUUCGUAAUAUUCAAGCAGUCGCUAGCUAGGCAAUGGUUUGGGCCUCCACACUGAUUUCGAACGGACAAUUUUGGGCAUGUAACAAUUCCCAACUAACAAAUUUUGUUUUAUAGUAAACUUGAAACCCAGUUUCAUGAAAUCGAACAUUACAUCAAUUACUCUACAAAACUACUUCAAGACAGCCAUAAACCCCUCUUAAGACGAAAUAGGCCCAUACUUCAGAUGGUUCUCAAGAGUAUUUUCCAAGGUUCUCAUAGAACUUUCAGGUUCCGUUGAUACACUAUUAUUAUGGUAUUCAAGACUUACCAUAAACUAUGAAAAAACUACCAUAAGUUUACCAUAUAAUUUCCUUCUUCAAGAUCCAAUAGUGCUUGCAGUUGAUGGCAGUCCUCGACUGACUGAAUGACUAAGUACAGCUUAAGGUCGUCGGCAAAUAUGAGCUUGCACCCGGAUCCUGACACUACUGCUACAGCACUAAAAAACAGUGAGAAAAACAGUGGGCGCAGAUUGCUGCCCUGCUGUACACCUGAUCAACUGGUAAACGAAGCCGAUAUACAAGAGUCCAAUUUCACACAAAGCGUUCUGUGCUCUGUGACGGGAGCGUAGCCACGAGGUAAGCUUGUCGGACCCUGCUAACCAAAAAGGUACUUAAGUGAGCGAUAUCUAGCGGAACAGUUACUAAUGCGAUAUCGGUUUUCUAAUCAGAUGCAUAACAGGGAGCAAAGACGGAUGCGAAAUGAUUGACAAACAAUUCACAAGUUGUUGCAGUGGACGACGCUGUCAUUUUAUCGAGGUACACAUUGGAAGACAUGCUGGAAUUCUUCCGUUUAGAAUUUACAAAGUUCCAAAAUCCUUUAGGAUUACUUCGUAAGCCUACUUGAACUCGUUGUACGUACAAUCUAUACAGAAUAGCCUUGAGAUUCUGGUAUGCUUCACUGGCAACAUGAAAGUUGCGACUCGUGGCCGGCGAUCGAUUGCGACGAAGUUGGCGUUGGCAUGCACUUCGUUUUCGGCGAAGAGCUCGCAGCGUCGAUGUACUCCACGCCAAAGAAACAAGCUGUCGUUCAGGGCCGGCGGAACACGUGGGUAGUAUGGGUAGUACUACCCACUCGAAAAUUACCGAGAGGGUACCCAUACCACGUGGGUAAUAUGGGUAGUACUACGCACUCGAAAGUUUGGAACAAACCAAAAGCUGAGAUUAGCUGUCUCGCGCACAAAAUGCAUGCGCCUGAAAUUCUAGACGUAUAAUAAUUUCAUAUUUCUAUUCAGAUAAAAAAUUCGUUGCUUUACAAUUAAUUAGAAAUAAUUUUAAGGAUUAGAUAUACAAUUUGUGAUUUUCCAACAUGAAUAAUUACUUGAUAAAAAAUUGAAACAAGGAGAAACACUAGUUGGCUUUUCAUAAGACAGAUAAAAGACAUACACAAGAGGGAUUGAUUCAAACAUCAGUAGCAAAGACCGUAUCAGGGAAAGUGGAGAGAGGCAAACGGAAGAUCGCUGUCAGGACAUCAUGAACCGGAUCGCCGACUGGCCUCAUUGGAUCCGCUGAGAAAUCUUGAGAUCCGAUUUCCAGGUGCUGUUAUCAUGUCAACUCAAAGAGAUAACUAAAUUUGGAUAGCGUCUAUAAAAAUAUGUGUUUGUCAGACAUAUAAGAGAUAUCGAGGAUAGUCAGCACAUUUCGGACUGGAAUGAAGCCGAAGGAAUUCGUUAAACGGAGUUCUAGCGCUAGAACACUAGGCGCACGACCAGACAACAUGUUUAAUGUUACGAUAACCGUUACCACAAGCGCAGAUACCGUUCUCCACGUCCCCAAUACACCGAAGAUGCGCAUUUAACAUACAAUGAUUGGACAUUAUCCCACAAAAUUUGCCCAUUCUCAAGCGACCUCUGCAAAAAAUACUGAAAAAUUCGUUGAAGCUACGAACUUUCAUAUAUAGGCUAACCACCAUUGGGGCCAAGGGGUCUGUUGGAGUUGACACAACAAAUAAACUCAAAUAUCUCCUUCUAAUUCCUCAGUCUCCGCCUUCUCAUUACCCGGAAUUGAGCAACAUGAAUGAACUCAAACUAAUAUUUGUAUCUGAUAAUCUGGUACGAUUUUGCAGAUAAAGCACUCAGGAGCCCCCCAGGAAAAACAAGGAUUGAUUUCCAUACUCCAUGAAGCGAAGAGCCUCCUUGGAAUUGUAACGAUGUGGACAUGGUCGUUGAUAAGUUUAAAGUUUCGUGGAGAGAAUGUUUGCAGCACAGCCUCUUUUAUGAUCGUCCUCACCACUACUGUCCUAAUAACUAGCAUAGAAGCUAUGCAUAGCUUUCAUCAUGUGGCGAACGUUACGAUGAUAUGCGAACUACAAUGCUUAGCGAGAGCAUUAGUGUUUUUUCGGUCCUGGCGAAUGAUGCUAAAAUUGUGAAAGAUCUACGUCAAAAGUUAACCAGGUUUUAUAUAAUAGAAAUGCAUAAAACUCAGGAAAAUAAUAGGACUGUCGCAUUUACUCCGAUUUUGCAACAGUACCUGUCAAGGGACACUCUCAGGCUUUUACGAGGGUGCUUAGGAGAGGAAAUGAUUCUCCUUUUUCGAAAAUUUAUAGGCAGGUUAUAAGAUGUUCCCUCAAUGAGAUUGUCAGAAUCUCGCUCUGUAGUGAACAAUUGAGCGUGGAAAUUAGUGUUGGCCGGUGGUGUUGCCCUCUUUAGCACUUAUUCUCGGGGCGUAUAAUUUAUAAGCGGCUUAUGUCGACAGUUCAUGCUGAGUCUCUCCACAGAAGGAAAACUUUCCACGAUUCUCUCCGCGUUUUCCAAAUCGUACUUUGUUUAUAAAAUUGGUAAUUCGGUGGUUCCAUUGUUUACAACGACGGCAGUUAAUUCCCUGUGGCACAAAAAGGCGAACAUCGUUCAAAAGAUCAAAGUUUCAGAAGAACAGAUCCGGCGAAAGGCUCGAAAUGAGGCUGAUAAAAAUUAGUUGCAUACCAGAAUUUUCACUGACUGAAGCGAAGGGCUCUGGAAGGAGCCAACCUGAAAUUAAGCAAAAAGGGCCCCUCCCGGAGACUACACCAUCAAUCACUACUUCGCGGGCGGGUACGCAGACAAAAUACUUAGUUGAAAACGACUGGGUGUUUUUUAGUUAAAUCAUGCGACAUAUCGAUGAUAUUAAAUGGAUUACCUUUGGUCCGGAAGUAUACCAUCCAGGGGCCGGUUGUAUUAGAAGAAUGUGGUUUGUAAUGAAAAGGAGACUUAUCGGCAUUAUUUUUGCCAUCGGCGAAAUAUUCAAAUCGUCCUCCAUUAAGUCUGAAAGAAUAUCGAUCGUCGGAGAUACCUCCCCAUUAGUCAAUACUAUCAUCACAGAUUAACAGACAUAACACUACGAGGGAAUUCCCUCAAAAAACAUCGCUCCGGCAAUUUUCCCAGAACACUAGCUUCAUAUUUUAUUCACGGUCCUAAACAUUUGCUGAUGGGUUACCCCUCAGGUUUGGGAACAAUUUUUCGCUAGUGGUCUAUCCCCCAUAUGCUUGUUCAUAUGGCAGUGGCGCCGUAAUUUCAAAUGUAGCCACAGUCUCAACUACAAAUUUAUUUAAAAUGACCGUGAAAGUAGGCGAAGCAUUGCCUGCGAGUGUUAUGUCUGUUAGACCGUACUAUCAUGCGGGAUUCAGUAUCCUGCUAUCACAGGGAAUGUAAAAUCAAUGCAACGAAAUUUACGAAACAAACGGAGUUAUUUGGUCAUUAAAUGAGAAAAAAAAUUAUUACAUACAUCGAUAAAGCUGAUAUCCGUGAUGACAACAAUGUUUUUUCCAACUCAGGAAACGUGAAAAUAAAAUUUAAAUUCAAAAUAAAGAAAUAUUUGACACUAUCAGAAGCAUUUGACAUAUCGAAUUACACGACAAAUGAUGCUCUGUCAGAAAAAAUGAAUACAUGUUUUCCCGGUUUUCCCGCAGGGUUAUUUUUAUUUGACAUAAACACCAUCCAAUGCAUAUAGUUUUUUUUUCAUUUUGGGUGUUGUCUUGAUAAGCCAGAUGUAAACAACCGCAGUUUUCGUAUGUAUGGUUGUCUAUGUUUACAUAAGAUUUAUUUUAAAAAACAAAAGCCAAUCGUUUUUACGUAUUACGACGAAAUUUUUUUCGAAGUAAUGUUAUAUUAUGUAUAUUGGACCUAAAAUUUAUCGAAUGGAAUGGAAAACUAUAUAUAGCUUAAUGACCCAAUUGGUACUUUGCUAUACAAAUGUUCCAUAUAGUAUUAGUAAUCAACAAAUACAUUUUCGCUGAGCCGUUGAUCAUACAACCCGUUAACAAAGAGUGUUUCCAAAUAGCGAAUUUUCAUUUUCAUUUACUCACGGCAUGUUGGAACUAUCGUCAGUACGGGUAGAAAUCACUCCGAAUCUUACUACCCACACAGACUAACAGACAUAAUACUCGAAAACAGUUCUUCGCCCGCUUUAACGGUCAUUUUAAAUAUAUUUUUAGUUGGGACUGUGGUCGCACUUGAGAUUAUGGCGCCACUGGUAUAUACGCAAGUAUACGGGGGAUAGACCACUAGUGAAAAAUUGUUCCCGAGCCUCAGAGAUAACCCUUUUGCAAAUGAGUGGUUGGGACCGCGUAUAAAAGGUGGAGCUAGUGUUAUAGUAAAAUUGGCGGAUCAAUAUUCUUUUAAGGAAUUUACUCAUAUUUUUAUGUCUGUUAAGUUUGUGCAACCCACUCGGGAAAAAGUGUUCCGCCGGCUCUGCUAAAACGACUGGGAUAUUAUUCCGUAGCUAAUCCUGAACUACUCGGCAGAAGUUUAUUCAUUGCAUUGCAUCUGCAUCGCUGUUUCCUAGAUGCGUUGAUAAUGCGAUAACUGGAACAACUACCGGCAUAGCUGAGCAACUAGGCGAUUGCAUCAAUAGCGGUGGGUGGUGCCUGUCGACGGGCAAAAGGGGGACACUGACUUAUCGACCGAAAGGUUGUGGUCCAUCGAGCAGAAAACUAUGUCAAGGACCCUACAUUAAACUAGCUAAGAUUUUAAAAAUCCAUUCCCUCAAUUGAGGCGGUGGCAGCAUUUUCAACUUGAAUGACGUUGUCAUGCGAUAACCAACUCAACCGUGGUUGAUUAUAAUUUCCGCAAACCAAGACAGUGUCCUCAAUCGACCCUUGUCACAAAGCUCACGCACUGAUGCAAUGUGUAACUCAAUCAUACAGACAUCUUCUGUUAUCUGGAGGAAUAUAUAUUGCACAAAGAAAAAGCAUACGUCCAUUGAUGGAUGAGGAUACGCAAACUUGUUCCAAAUUAAUCCUGUGGGUAAUGUUCACACGUGAACUAGAAUGUUGCUGUGCAACAGUGAUCAGAACACCUCCGAAGGUGGAUGAAGAUGUUGUUUUUGUUCCUAUCGCAACAGAAUACAUUAUAGGAACUGCCGAAAAUUAGAAGACUCGAUCCGAUCAUCAAGAACAGUUUCUGUCAUAAUAAUGACAUCGAAAUUGCAAUCACGUACAGCAAGAAAAGCAACAUCAAUUUUGGUUCUCAAGCCGCGUACGUUCUGGUCAUAAAGCCAGAUACUGUUGUGGUGAUCAUGUAAAACAGAGAGAGUUUGUGUCUGCAAAUGAGUAAACUCUUUCAACGUGUGUGUAGCAUUGAUUUCCCGAGACAGUAGUUAGUGGACCAGGUAGGUUGGCGAAAGGUAAACUAUAACGUCUGUCAUUGUGAGGUUUCUCUUAAUGUGAUUGGAGUAUCAAUCCUAGCUUCGUGAAGACAUAUACUCUCAAUUAUUUUACCUGCUGAACCAGGGUCGGCACUGAUUUCGGACUACGAGUAAUCAAUCCUCGAGCUAGCCAUCUUCAUGCACCCUAAAUAAAGUGGACAAUCCAAACUCCACGCAGCGUGACUCACGUGGGUUUUCUCGGUAGCAGACUAUACUGUUGCAUUCAUCCCAACACAGUUCACACACUUCGCGUUUGCGGCGUCGCAGUCUUUGGCUUUGUGGCCUUCCGCACAUUUUGGGCAAUCUACUGGCUUGGAGCAGGCCUGUGUUUUGUGGCCAUAUUUGGAGCAAUUGUUGCAUCGGAAAACUACGACGUCUUCGAAGAUCCGGCAGCGGUCCUAGUCAAUGUAGACACGUUUAAGUUUUAGCAAGCAGUUGUAGGUUUUGGCAUCAGUUUCCAAUGUUAUUACAAAGGGAUUGUUCUUCACAUGUUCCCGUUUCUGAGAUUUCACGAUUUUAAGUUCACAUGAUUCCGGCAGACUGUUCUAUUCUUUUAGUUUUCCAAUAAUUUUAUCCUGGGCAAAUUUUUCCGAGAUUCCAGUGAUUUUUGUUCUGGAUUUGAGAGAUUUUUGAAUCUCGUUGUCAUAUUUCUCGGAGAGCAACUCUUUGGAAGUGAACACAAGUUUUAGAGCUCGCUUGAAUUACAUCUAACUGCUACCGCGCCAUUAUCUUUAAAUCUCACAUCUUUGACAGAGAAUGUAGUCGGAUCAAGGUUAAUUCGGAUGUCUUUUUUGGUUAUUUCAGCUAUUUGAGACGUUUUAGGAUUGAAAAUCAACGUUCGUUCGAUCUUUCGCAUAGUUUUUGACUUCGGUGUUAGCAUUUUAUUUUCACACUCUGUAAAAGUUGACAGAAGUUCUAUAACUGCACAGCGUCGUGCUCGUUAUCACUUUAUACACAGACUUGCGGAGACAAAAACAGUAAAACUAGCAACCAUGAAUGUAAACAGGCAUCACGGAAGCUCCCAUAAGUUUUGCAUGGGCUUCCGCUUGUACUUCCUCUCUCAAAACCCUCAUGCUCGUUUAGCUGCACUUUUCGACAGUCCGUUUAGCUGCAAUUUUUUACACUUCGCUAGUCUGUGUAUAAAAUGUCUGUAUCGUAGAGCUGAUGUUAUUGUAAUUAAUCUAAUUGAACUCCGAUACAGCAGGGCUGCCAGGCACAUGUUGAAUUAACGAUUAAAAAAUAUUGUGAAUAUUCUAGGAAAACUUUAGUUGAAAAUGGAGCGGCUUCUUGCACUGCUAGAGAACACAUAUCUUGAUCAAAACAGAUGUUUCGUGCUUCUUGACCUCAACAGUCUUAUCAAAAAAUAGUGUUGAAACUCUAUAUGAGCAUUAAUAGAAAAAAAAAUGGGGUUAAAAAUAUAAAAACAAUCGAAACAAACAUAAGCGAUUCAGUACCGAAACUAAAUAGUUCAUGCUUUGAACUUGGGAUCACAUAUAAGGAAACAAUUUUAGAAUUGAAAAUAGGCUGCUAUCCCUACCUACAAUUCAUGUUUUAACAGUUGUACCGGUAGUACUCAGAUGGGUGGAACGGGUUUGUUUCUUGUUCUUACCAGUCGCUAUUGUAUAUCUGUUGCUAUCAACAUUUGCUUCUUUAUUGAUGUUGCUGGUUGUUGCUUUGGAGGCACUGGGUGCAAUCGUUGUUUCUGCUCAGUUGGUACUGACUAAGGCUUCGAGAUACAGAAUGCAUUGGGUGGCCUUCUGAUUGUGUUUUUGGAGCAUAUGUCGAAGGUUUCGGCGUAUUUCUCUCCGUAAUGUGUCAUCUGGUUACAGAGCUGGCACGUAAGGAUCUGACCAGAGUGGGUGCCCAGCAUUAUUUGGAUAUAGGUAGUGUUAAUGUUGGUGACAAAAGUCAAAUAGGAAGAGAUAAGUUUGGUCAACAACAUACCAAUCACGCGAACGCCGUUGUGAACGCCAGUUAAAAAGUUUCGUCAAGUAUCGCUCGUAACGAGUUCUUCAUAUUGCGAAAUGAUUUUUUAUUGUCUGUUUUGGUGCACGGUGCUAGGUCUUGUGGACUUCUUAACGUUACCCGUAUACAAUUACGGACAUAAGGGAGGGGGGCUCUGGUGUAGUGAGUAAAAAAAAUACACUUAUUUUUUAUCCGCUUAAUUGCUCGGUGGCCACGUUGAACUUCUUUUGUUUCAAACGGCCAUGCAUUCCACGCGCGCGUUUGCUAUAACACACGCAGAUUUCAAUCUAUCAGCAACAAUUUUCGAAAAACUGACAUCGACAAAAAUACAGUGUAAACAAUACACUCUUAACUACCUUUACCCAAAUUUUCAUGAGAAACUGCCCAAUGGGUUAUUUUCUACAGCAUUUUUCCCGUGAUGCAAUUUGAUGUGGGACACCCUUUAAUCGCGUUUUUCUCGAAACUGCGUUUUUCAAAUUGGCGAACACGAUAACUCAAAAACUAAUCAACGAAUUGACUUGAUUUUUUUUAUGGGAAUGCACAAUAUAAGUAGCCUGUUGGUGAACCACAGAAAACCGAAUAAAAAAAAAUGUCCCCCUAAUAUUUAGAAGAAAAGUGAGCGAAUUUUACAGUAAAAUAGGAGAUUUUUCUGUUUUCAUGAAGCCAUUCUCCGAAGCUAGAACUUUUUUUCCAUUUUUCUUAGUUUAUCGAGUAAUCUUAAAUCUUAUUGAAUUUCUUGUGUCGGAGAAUUUUAUCAAGAGUUAUCGUGGUCGCCGCGGCGCUCCUCGACGUGGAAAUGGUUGGACGUCUACUCUUGGAACGCUCGUAUGUGUAGCUCCGCGUGACUGAAAGGAUUUUCUUUUCGUACACAAUGAAUGUAUAAAUUUCUGCCUUUUACAAAGCGUUGCCAAAAAUUGGUUUAAAACGUAUGAAAAAAAUGUUAGGGAAAGUGGUCGGCUGUCGGCAGCCCCACGUAACUUUUGACUUUGUGUGUUAUAUUAGCACGUUCAUUUUGUACCGAUUGCUGAAGCAAACAGACUCGUAUGUUCUGUUCCACAACCAAAAUAUUUUUUGAACAAUUAACUCAAAAGUUUUUACAUCAUUUGCUUAGUAUUACAGAAAGAAGUAAAUCGAUCAAAAAUGUAUGCGUAUUUGAUAUUAGGGAAGGGAAUUUGCUUUAUUUUGUGAUUCAACAUUGAAUGCCACCGAAAUGUUUGCCACAAAUUUUGUUUUGUUCAGUUUUCAAAAAGGUUGCUAAAAUCGGUUGUCGUCCCCUCAUUUUUUGUGAUAAAUGCUGAGUUCUCUAUAACGUAAUCAGUAUGAGAAUUUUCAGAACGGGCUUUACGAAUGAAUACCAUAGAUCGAUUUUUGAUACUAUUCUCAAAAUCAAGAUGGCGAACAACUUUGUGGCAGACACCAACUUUCUAUCUCCAUUGAAAAGAUGCAGCGGUGAAAACACGAUCAGUUCUCCAUGGAAACUAGAAAAAAUCCCAAUCAAUUUUUCAGAAAAUUUGGUGGGGGAGCGAGGAUUCCCUACAGACCACUCCCCUCUGACUUCGUGCCAGCGUGGACUUCUAUCUGAAUUGUCUGAAGCUUGAGUCAAAAAAUGGACUGCCUGAAACUCACUCAAUUGUAGUGAAUUCGAUCAAUCAUACACAUAUUGUGGUUCUGAUAAAGAAUGAUGUUCAAAAUGCCUUUAAUGGUUGUUGAAAUGAAUAAAUUUCCUUUUUCCUUUAAAUCUUGAUGAUUUUUAUUCAUGUUUUUCCAUUUUUAGUAAAUUUUCUUAGGGUGCCGACAACCGACCACAUUUUUCUAAAUGGUAAAAAAUGAUAAUUUUACUAAAUCGUUAGUAAAUUUUUUCAUGUUGACAGAAUCAGUUAAAUUUUUUUAACAGUUAUUAGCUAAGAUUUCUAGCUUUCUGUUGGUGUGCUUAUGCCUCUAUAUUGUGCAAUUUUAGUAAUGUUGUGAGUCAAAAACAAAAGGGUGCCGACAACCGACCACAUUUCCCUUCCCGCAUUUCCCAAAGCUUGCUAGAGUAUUUUAUUAGAUUCAUUUGCGUGAUUAAAUGCGUCGCAACUCAGCAAAGUCAAAAAAACAACAACUGUUGGAUGCAAUAGUCUCCAGAAUGCAACCAGGUUCUGGAUUGGUUCGAUUCCGAUAGUUUUACGAGCAGUCAAUACAGACAGAAAAGCUUCGAUACGCUUAAUGAUGUUACACAUGUUAAUACAAAGGCCACACAAUAAAUGCAAUCGGUUUCCGUGUAUAUAAAUAUGUACAAUUAUGACAAAAAUGCGUAUGAAAUAAUCAUUUUUAGACACAAAAUGUGAUGUUGAUACCUGAGGUUAUCUGUUUGCAAGAUUAAUUUAUCAUUGAAAACUUUGACUUGAAGGUAAUUUCGAAAUUACUGAUGGAAGCUAUUGAUCCAACACUGCAAACGGCCCACAACAGUAGACAAACUUUUGCUUGGACAAAUUCAAACUUUAAACAACGGACCAUUAUCAGUAGGUAAGCGCAAAAUAACAAAAAAUGGAGAAAUAAAAAACGAAAAAAAGGAAAGAAAAACAAACAUAUACAACCAAAGGAAUAACAACUGUUCGUAGUAUUACGUAUAAUAAGAAUUCAGAACAAAAAUAUUAUGAUAAACAAUAAGUCAAUUAAAUUGUAUAUUUUUAUAGAAGAGAAGAUAGUAGAAUACGGAAAAGAAACCAUUAGAGAAUAUUUAUUGAAUUCCACCUUUAAACUAGUUUCCCCUAAAUUCCAAGAAUGACGAGCAUCUAAAUUGUACGACCCACUACCACAUUCAAUUAGCUCAUACUUCCAUUUAUUCAUUUCAAAGAGGAAACAAAUGUAAUCAUUAUUGAAAUAGAGAUGGUACAUAUAACAAUAUAAAACUCGAAUUCUGUAAAUUAUGUAAAUAUACAAAACAAAAAUAAAAUAAAUUCACAAUAAUCACAUAUUCCGAUAUAGCAAACCAAAAACAUUAAGAUCUGAACAUACACCAGAAUGUAAUAAUAUUAAUACUUAAUUAGAUAUUAAAAACAGUAAGAGAUGAGGUGGGCGGGCAAUUUUUUAGUUUCGUCGCUUGUUAAGUAGUUUUAGAUUUUUACAACGAUGAACCAACCAACCGCAGUGCUAAAUCAGUAGCAGUGAACGAAGAUGAACAGUUUGACGUACGGUGACAUAGGUAUUUCGCAUAUUGCAGCUAUAGUAUACAAAAGUUUUAAAUUGCUGUCACGAAAAAUCUUAGUUUUGACAGAGCAGUAUAUGUGUGCGUGCAUCCAGUAUAGUGUGGAUAGCGAAAAUCGUCAUAGAAAGAUUUCCCGUGAUUAGUUUCGACCAACCAACAAUCGGAUACUUAAACAAGAAAAGUUUCCUUAAUUAGGAGAAUUCAAUCAGUUAAGAAUGCUUGUAAGGCGAGGGGUGAAGCAAUGUAAAAUAUAUUUGAUUGUUAUAUCAAAGAUAAAGCAGCAAUUCCUUAUGGAUCAAUUUGUAAAAAAGAAAACAAACAGAGAAAAAGUAUAGAUUUUUUAUUAAUAGCAAAUAAUAAGUUUACAGAUAUUUGAAAUGUAGCGAGUUAGUUAGAAUUUUGUUACAAUAUUGAAAAGUUCUUAUUAAACUUGAUAGAUAAUUAUUGAAAAGGUUGUGUAAUAAUUUGAGAUUAAAACAUGAAAAAGUGAAAACAAAUCGAAUGAAUGUAAAUAAAAAGUAGCUUUGAAACAAUUGAAGAAA